UGUAUACAAUAACACUUCGUGACAAUAACAAAGUAAAAAAAUUAUGACAAUGUUUUUUUAAAAAUUACAUAUCUCUAAGUGAUAAAACAAAUGAAAACAAUAGAUAAAUUAUUUUAUGGACAAUUUGCUAACAAAGUCAAGUAUAAAAAUAGCUAAAUGUUUCGAAUUUUAAAUUAGUAAUAUUAUAUUCCAACUUGAGUGUACAUAUAGCACUAAAAUUCGAGGUUAUAUUUAUCAAAUAGAAAUUUAAAAAUUAAACAUGAUCAAUAACAUAAUUAACAUGUUUCAGCCUAAAAUAUUAAUUUUUGGUUUAUUAAUUUUUAAAUGCAGUUUUUGCACUGAACUUUGCAAACCAAAAGUAGCUAUUAUUGGGGGCGGAAUUGGAGGAGCAUCUGCGUCCCAUUUUCUUUCAGAUUUAUUCAAGGAUAAUUUGAAAAUUGACCUUUUUGAGAAAAAACAAUUGGGAGGACGAUUGGCGAACGUCGAAAUUGGAGGAAAUGAAUUUGAAGCUGGCGGUGCAGUAAUACAUCCAAAGAACAAAUACAUGCAAGAUUUCGUUAAACUUCUUGACCUGAAGAAAAACAAUCAUGAGGAUUCGUCAACAUUGGGAAUUUGGAAUGGAGACAAAUUUGUUGUGAAACUUAGUAGUUGGAAAUUGAUAUCAAUUGCAAAGUUGAUUUAUAGAUAUGGAUUUGAACCUUUUACGCUCGAUAGGCUCGUUACCUGGGUUUUGGACAAUUUCGAUAAAAUUUAUAAACUUCAGGACAAUGAGAUAGCAUUUGAAAAUGUAACUUCAUUACUAGCAGCAAUGAACGCUGAUUUUCCUGGAUAUUUAACUGAAACUAUUAAAAAUCAUUUGCUAAACAAGGGCAUUUCAGAAAAAUUAAUUGAUGAAUUAGUGCAAGCCACUUUAGUUGUGAAUUACGGACAAGAAACUAAUGUUCACAGUUUUGUUGGUUUUGUUUCAUUAGCCGGAAUGGGAGCGAAUCUUUGGUCUGUUAAAGGAGGAAACAAACUGGUACCUGAGAAUUUAAUACGUCAAAACAAUCGUGUAAAAAUAAUUCAAUCAGAAGUAGAAAAAAUACGUUUGAUUUUAAAAGAUCAAGAUUCAAUCGAAUACGAAUUAUCCUAUAAAAAAGAAGACGAUACAAAUAUUAUCACUGACGUCUAUGAUAUUGUUAUAAUCGCCAGGCCUUUGACAAACGAUCAAGAAAAUUCAAUAGAAUUUGAAGAAUUUCCCGAAGAAGGAAUAUUUACAGUUCCUGGCAAAUACCAAACAACAAUUGCCACUUUCGUUGAAGGAAAACUAAAUCCACUACAUUUUGGCCUAGAGAGUGAAAUCGACUGUAUUUUGAGUUGUAAUCCCAAUAAAACAAUUGUCAGUUCAAUUGGAAAAGUUAAUUCUGUUAAUGAUAAUGGAGAGAAAGGCUCGUCCGACAUUUGGAAAAUAUUCACCAGAGAAUCUAUGAAUCCGAAAUUUGUCAAUAAAAUCCUCUCCAAGGUUGGGCAAGUAAAGAAGAUUAUUUGGAAAGCAUAUCCGCAUUAUUCGACGGAAAAUCGUUUGGAUAAAUUUAAACUUCACAAGGGCCUGUAUCAUGUUAAUGCAAUUGAAUGGGCUGCGAGUGCAAUGGAAAUGAGCGCAAUUGGAGGACGAAAUGUCGCUAUUUUAGCUUAUAAAGAUUUUAAGAAGACUUGUUCUGCAACACAAAUGAAAAAAUCCGAAAAGAAGAAAAACUACUCUACAGAAUUUUAGUUAAUUAUUAACUAAACAAACUAAUAAAUUAACAAUUACUAACGAAAAAAUAUAUAAUUAUUUACAAAACAUUGAUAUAGA